GAAGUACACGUGUGGACUGUCGCUCUGGUUACUCGGACACGGGGGGAACUAUGCAGUGGGUGAUAUAUUAGAACUGUUUGUUUGGACUUUAUUAUGUACUAUCACUUGCCGAAUUAAGCAACGCUGUGUUAUACUGUGGGGUGAAUUUUUCUGUCUGGUGCAUCAAGUGAACAUGUUUAUGCUGUUUGUAUUUCAGUGUUCCUGAACUGUAUUAUUGUCUGAAUAGUCUGUAUUUUUUUAUUUAUUUCUUUUUUCUUUUUCUUCCUUCUUUUUCUCUUUUCCCCCCCAUUCCAUUUAAGUCCAGUUAAAGGUUACUUGUGCUUGUGUACAAUAUGGCUUCUCACCCUGACCUUGAGAUUGAUUUAGAUGACAGGUCUGCAGUCAAGGACUCUCUCUCGCAACAGGUGGGGGCACGGCCACAUGUUGCCGACUUGAAGACUGGAGUGCGACAGUUACGGGCUGAGGUGAUGGUCCUACGGCGGUGUGUCCGUGACUCGAUUGACCUGCAGAAAGGCAUGUUGGAGUGCAUAGAGGGGAAUGUGAGUACCACGCCGGUCGGACCGCGUCACACUCCAUUGGCCAGUUCGACCCCUUACGGUAUGGCAAGCGGUCAGCCAACGGCUGAAAGGGAAUAGAGAGUAUGGUGACAAAAAUGUGGAAAGUACAUGCUUCUUAGGAAGUUAAAAGAGAAAUUGAGGAAACGAGAAGAUAAAAAGUGGAAGCAGGGCAGUUGCUGUUACAGCGUUAAGGACUAGUGUAUUAAAUAUAGCAGCUGUAAGUACUUCAGCUCACAAUUUGUCAUGAUAAGUUCUGUUUAAAGGAGUAAAGUCUGCACCCACCUUUACUGAAAAUGGAGGUUUUCAACAUCCUCAUGGUGCUUCAGGCUCUAGUCCUCUGUCAAGCUAAGAUGUUCGUAAAUCAGGCCUCCACUCCAUGCUCCUGGGCUGUGGUCUCUGCUGGCGAAAAUCAGAGUUUGCCUAUUUUCACGAUGCAGUCCCUGUCACCACUUGCUACUCAGAUCUGUCAGGCCAUCGGCUGUGGUAAAGUCCACAAGUUAAACAUGAGCACUGCACAUGGAAAUACGAGCUGUCUCACCGGCUGCAGCUAUUACAACAGCGAACUGAUCAACUGUACAAAGGUUUAUAAUACAGACUGCAGCAUUCUGUCCGAGGUUGUUUGUGAUGCUCCUUACAUAACCCCAACACCUCACUCCUGCCUCUGGAAUGUAAAGUCUCCAAUACCUAAAUCAGCAGUCAUUCUUACCCAGGAGUCCAUGCUCAGAUUGUCUGAUGAAAUAUGUCAGAACUUUAACUGUGGAAAAGCCUUUCCACAGAACGGCACAGAAGCAGCACUCAACAGCACUUGUCUAACUGAUUGCAUCUACCACAAUUCCUAUUUACGGAACUGUUCCACCGUAGUUAGAAAUGGCUGCUUAAUAUUGUCUGAAGUCAUCUGUGGUAACCACAAGGUCAGAUUGUCAGGAGGUAGCCAUAAGUGUGCUGGACGCGUGGAGGUGUGGAACGCAGGACAAUGGGGCACAGUGUGUGACGAUGAGUGGGAUAAACAGGAUGCAGAUGUGGUCUGUGCUCAGCUGAACUGUGGAUAUGCACUUACAGUUAAUGGGCAGGAUGGUCCAUAUACCAAUGGUAAAGGGCCCAUUCUCAUGGAUGAGCUGAACUGCACAGGGAAGGAGAGGAGCCUGUGGGAAUGUCCUUCAGUGAGGGAGGGUCAUGACUGUGGACAUAAAGAAGAUGCUGGAGUGGUGUGUUCAGAAUACAAGGCUCUGAGACUCACUGGUGGAUUGGACCACUGUUCAGGCAGAGUGGAAAUCCAUCGAAACGGUACGUGGGGGACGGUGUGUGAAGAAUGCUGGGACAAGGAAGAGGCAUCCAUGGCUUGCGAAAUGUUGGGCUGUGGGAGACCAAAACAAUACACAGCAUUUGAGCCACCCUUCAAGCAUACAAACAAUACUCGUUGGUAUUACCGGUGUUUCAAAUCCCCAACCUUGUGGGAUUGUAAAGAGUAUGAUGCAUCUAAAAUAAAUUUAUGCCCAGACCUGAAGGCUGCAGGACUGAUUUGUAGCCACUCUCUUGGACUGCCUGAACCUACCACUCCAAAUGUAGAUAAGACCAUGGUAACAACAAUACAAACCCCUACAGCGGCAUCCGCAGUGUUCUGGUCUCCUGAAUUACAGGGCUGCAUUGUACUAUCUUGCAUUCUUUUUAUUGUAAUUCUCUCAAAUAUCAUCACGUGUUGCUGUGCAAAAAGGAGAAAAAAAGCUUUUCAAGUUCAUCAGGCAUAUUCAAAUCUACAAACCAAUGCAGAAACCGAAGAGAAUAACUAUAGAAAUUCUACUCACCUUGUUAAAGUCAGCAACAAUGACAGCAACUCUGCCCCAUUAAUGCCACCACAAAUGUGGACUCAGAGUAGUGUUGAGAGUGCUUCCUAUGAUACAGACUAUGAAGCCAAUGACAGCUGCCUAAACCGUGAUAUAUCCUUGUCCACCUUCCGCAAUUCUAUGCGGAACAAUGCAGAUGGUCGAGCUCCUGUUAUGAGGGGUCCAAAUUUACAACUUGUGACUGAGGAGGACACAGUUGCUGCAGUGCAAGGACACCUGCAAGUCCCCAUGGCAGAGUUUCAGCGCAUCUCUGCAACUCCUAGCGCCGACUCAUUUGACACAUCCAGCACCUCUUCUGGAGAAUAUUAUGAAAAUACAGGCCACAAAACAGCAGAUCUGUAUCUGGGGAAUCACCUGAGUGACCUGCAGCCUGGAAUUCCCAACGUAUACAACACUCAGGACUUCAUGAACCCACCAGUGACUGGUGAGAGUAUGGACCCAAGUGGUGGAGAAGAUUCCCCCAUUUACUCUCCUGUGUGUGCAGAGGUUGAACCCUUCUCACACGACACAGAUGACGCUGGUGACAGUGAUGACUAUGAUGAUGUUGGUAACUGCUUAGAGAUGCCGCUGCAUUGAGACAAUCCCAUUGAGUAGCAGCCUCAUUUUUUAAACGAAUUCUGAAUAUUGCUAGUUAAUUAAAAAUAUUCAUUCUCAAUUAGCUAGUAAUUAAACAUACCUGAGAAACCCAUAUUUCUGUACAUUUAUUGCAAUUAUUUUUUACUUCCUUGUUGUGAUGAGUGUGCUGAAAAUGUGAACACUGUGUUUUUACGAUACUGGUCUAGAAUUAGUCUUCUGUGUGUUAUAUUUGCAUUGAAAAAACCCCAAAACAGCACUUUCAAUCUGAGCAGAUUUCUGUAUAUACACAACUCGGAGCUAUUACAAUAGGAAUUGAAGACUUUAUGAAAAAUAAAUGAAUAAAUUAAUUUAACCGACAGCAGCUGAAACCUGGCAAAGGAACCUGUUAUUUUAAAGCAUAUUAAAACCCCUAUAAAAUCACAUAAAAUUACAUAACAUUUAUUUAAAAAUGUAAAAAAAAAAAAAAAAAAAAAAAAAGUUGUAACAGGAUAAAUGUCUAAAAUGCAUUAUGUUUUUUCCCAUUUCACAUGUUGCUGUAAAUACGAUUGCUCUAUAGAAUUAGCAAAGUAAUUAAAAAAUGCAGUUAUUUAAAGUGACCACACUGUGUCGCCCUAUACAUUUGAUAAAGGGGUGUGUUUCUUCUGGGGUUUGCUUUCAGACUUUGCUACUUUUGCUUUUUUAUGCUGCUGUUAGUGAUAAUCAAAAUUUUGAAUUUUUGAAAAGAAUUUUUCUUUUUUAAUUUUCACACUAAUGUUUCAAAGUUAAAUGGUAAUAUCAAACCCAUUUCGUCUUUCUAAGAAGAACCGUGCUUAUAAACAUUUAGAAUUUGAAGGUGUUAUCUUCAACUACUAAAAUUCUGUAUGUUUUUUCCUAACAGAGCUAAAAACAUCUCUCACUGAAA